AGUCACUCCACACAACUGCACACACAAAGAGAGCCGGGGGUGAGGUUGCUUCCCACUCGCCUUCUGACAUCAGAUCCCUUCGAUGUAGCUCACAGGACGACCAGCAACAAAAUCCCUGGCAAGAAAAUGCAUCUCUUUCUCCCAUUGCCUGCUGCCUUUCACUUCACGCCCCCAGAGAAGUCUUUCUUCAUCCGACAAACAGUGAAGAUUUUUUUCCAGGUCACAUGAUCCAGGAUGAAGGGGGAAAAUCCUGCUUGGAACAGAGAUGGCCUGUGAGUCUCAUCAGAUCAAGGGUGAUAAGGUGUGAGGUGGAGGGGGGAUAUAUAAAGAAUGUCCUCUGUACCACGGCAAACGUCCCUCCAACUGAAUGCUUCUCUUGAGGCAGCCAUGAAUGUGUCUGAAGGUACGGUCACAAGGCAGCUCAGGGCCACUAGCCGGACUUAUUAUUAUUUCACCACAGCCACCCUGGUUCUGUGUCUCAUCUUUUCUUUGGCGACUAUAAUGGUCUUAGUAGUUCAGAGGAAGGAACCCAUCCUUCAGCCACCUGACAUGUUCCCCCUUAAAGGAGAAAAUUGUUCAUUGGACAGCUUAAAUAUCCUGAAGAGGUCUCUAAGGACUGAGUCAUCAGCAUAUCUCCAUGUAUCAACACAAAUAAACAGUUCCAAACUGACCUGGAACAAAGAUGGCAUCCUCCAUGGCAUUGGAUAUCAUGACGGAAAUCUGAUCAUCCAAUCCCCAGGCUGGUACAUCAUCUACUGCCAGCUGCAAUUUGUUGUGCCAGAUUGUCCAGACAAUACCAUUGACCUGAAGUUGGAACUCCUCAUCAAUGACCAAAGCAAGAAGCAAACUACGGUUACGGUGUGUGAAUCAAAAACAGCAACAAAGAAUAUCUAUAGGAAUCUCUCCCAGUUCUUACUAAAGGAUCUCGAAGUCAAUAAUACUGUGUCUGUCAAGGUCAAAGAAUUCCAAUAUGUGGAUGUAUAUACCUUUCCUCAUGACAGUGUCUUGGCCAUCUUAAAAUAUAGAGAUUCUAACUGAGCAACCCUCUUUGGCCCUCGGAGAGAAACCUUCCAUCAAUACCAAAAAGCUUUUCAUAGACUAACGGGGGGGGAAAGAAGCCUUUUCUAAGGAGACUUUUAUCGCUAGAUUAAAACUCUCAACAGUGUGAAUUCCUACCCCAUUUUCUUCAUCACUUGUACUGUGAUGAUAGUAAGAGGGACUCUUGGUGGAACUCUCUUUCAGAAGGCAGACAAAAGGAACGUUAGUCAUAUAGAAGCACACUUCCCAAGCCUCCACACCUAAAAUCCCAAAACAGCGAAAGAUGGAUCAAACAAUAAAGACUGGGUUGACUCCACUUACAGUCUGAGCUGGUGAUAAUGCCCAAAAUGUUUCAGCAACUGGACAGAGAAGUACAAAGUCUCAAACACACAAUAGGGAGAUGUCCCUGUAGCAGCCCACUCCAAUACUAAAGAUAGGACUAUAGAGGAAAUGUAUUUAAAAACAAGAGAUGAUUCAAAGCAAGACUAAUUAGAUGAGAUGCUUAGCAAACUAUUAUCCAAGGCCUAUAUUUAUUCCAGUUAAGAGCAAACCAUGUCAAACACAUGCAAGCAUUAGCCUCCUGCUGCCUCAAAACAUGUAGGGCCAUCCAGUCAAUGAAUGUUAGCUGGUGACAAUGACUAUAUUGAACAGAAGGCAUAAAGGCAGCUGCUAUUGAAAUGGCUGCUAUUACAGAAGCCUGAGGUCUUUGUCUUUUGAGUGGAAGGGAAAUAGCUGUAGAUGGCUUGGACCUUCACCUCCCUUAAUACCUAAGCUGACCCCAAUUCCUGCAAGUGCUUCCCAGGGAAAUAAUUAAAUGAAAGGCUAUGUGACUACUGGGAAGGGCAGAGGAGGAACUUUAAUUCUUGGCAAGGUGAAUGGUCUAUCAUCGUGAUCCUGAUGAUAAAAGAAGGAAAUCCUAAAUGACUACUUUAACUUCACUGGUUGGGUUGGAACAAGAAUGAUUAUGAUGAAAAAAGCCUCAGUGCAAGGACUCUCUCUGUAGCCACCCAGGCUUCUGGGCAGAAGCAUAUGCUCAGGAAAAUAGCCCAAGGGGAGGUGGCUUCAUGCAGUAGGUAUAUUCCUGCCUUGUUGUACACAAAUUAAAGUUUGAUGAAUCAAAA